AUGCGCGACAACCAACGGAUUCAAAUGGAUGAAAUUUCGGAGAGGAGCCCACUCCGCAGGGGUUCGGGCCGGACACGAAUUGGGUACGCUGCCCAACGCCUCAGCACCGUCGCCGGUCAGAUGACCAAGCAUCUUCUUUUAUACACUUGUCUGCUUCUCUACUCUCUGACUCUGCUCUCGACCGCAUCGGCUCAGGUCAACUUUUCGCCGGGAACGUGGCCAAUUUCUCUCCAGCACAAUUGUCUGGGCGAACUGAUGGCAACCUUUACCGAUGAAAAUCCAGCCUAUUUCGCCAAUAGGGCCAUCAAUCACGUCCGCCAGCUUCCGUACGAGUUUGGUGGAGAUGAAGGCUUUGCCACCUUUGUGUCCAAAAUUCCGGCCGACAAGAUAGUUCUGGUCGACCUGACCGAAGAGGACAGACCGGAGUGUAAUCACGUCGAAUUGCAUCAUGUAUACUCGCCAUAUACGACUUGGAUGCAGCGCGCGAGAUAUCGCUACACUAUGAGAAUUUGCAGGGUUCGAACCCGGGCCAUGCCUCUUCGCGAUUUCUUGGUCGACAAGGACUUGCGAGAUGUGGAGUUCCAUUGA